GUGUGUGUGAGAGAGUGCGUAUGUGUGUGUGUGAGCGUGUGUGGAGACCCCAGCUAACCGUGCGCGCACGAAGAGGCAGAGGGGUCUGCAGACGGCAAGUCAAGUGUCACCAUGAUCGACCUUAUAUGGGGAGGAUCUUAAUGCGUGGCGGCAUAAAUCAUAACAGCAAGAUGACAUUUCACAUCCUCCUCUGGAUCGGAGUACAGUCCGCUAUCUGAAGCUCCGUAGGCUGGACCAUACAACCGCAAGCAGCUGCAGUGUGUGCAGUCAGCUGAAAGCUAGAGCCACGAUAGAAGAAGACAAAAAUAUUGUUCGCGUGAUUAGUAAUUGCAAUCAGGAUGAAGAGGAGGAAGAUCAUGGUGGCUGCUGGCUUCUGCCUUUCUUUCUUCCUCGGUACGCUGAUGAAUUUAUUGUUCAUUCCAGGAUUUGAGCACCAUCAGAACCACGGAGACAGACUGCGCAGCUACCACCACGGCAGGCAGCACCAGCGCGUUGCGGACAACGCACAGCUUCAUGUCGGGGACCCACUCACCGCUGCUGUCGCCGCCGAGGUGAACAGCCGUCCCGCAACCAGUGACUGGAAACGGCAGCGCGAGCUCCAGAUGCAAAUACGAGAAAGACUCGAGGAGGUUCUCCGGUACCGCCAACGGCAAGCACACUGGCCAGCUACUGGAGACGCCUUUCGUCCGCUGGAGAGAAGACGGCUCAUGGACCUGGAGCCGGCGAGCUACUGGGAACUCAACAAAGCCAAAGAUAGACGGGACAAUCGCCACAUAAACGCUCAAAGCAGACAAUCGCCGGCUGGGUCAAAUAGUGCGAAAGCACAAAAUGUAUUUUGGAUGAAUUCAGUGAGGGUCGACACCGGGCAGUUAGGGUGCCACAGUAUUGCCAAUGUGACUAACAUUCAGUACCUUGGUUCGGGCUACACAAAAGCUGUUUACAAGGCGACCAUCAACAGCAGCUUAUCAGUAGCUCUGAAGUCAGUGGAUUUUGGAGGUCACGAUAUGGACAACUGCAUCAAGAAGUAUGGAUCGGCUGAUGAUUGUUAUCGACUGGCCUCUUUUAAAAUAGUGAAAGAGAUGACGCUGAUGGAACAGUUGCAACAUCCCAAUAUUUUGCAGUUGUAUGGAUACUGUUACCAGGACAGCAAUGACAUCAGGGACACGGUGACGGCCAUCACCGAGCUGGGGAAUCCGCUGGAGAUGAUCCAGCUGCUGCAGACGCCCUGGGAGGAACGCUUCAGAAUCUGCCUGAGUCUGGUGCGUCUGCUGCACUUCCUGGCCCACUCGCCGCUGGGCCCCGUCACGCUGCUGGACUUCCGGCCGCGGCAGUUCGUGCUGGUGAGCGGUGAGCUGAAGGUGACGGACCUGGACGAUGCCAGCGUGGAGGAGACGCCCUGCGGCAGUCCGCACGCCGCACCUGCCGACUGCCUCAUGGAGUUCCCGGCGCGGAACUUCACCCUCCCAUGCAUCAGAGGGCGCUGCCAGGGCAUUAACGAAAAGAGGAACCUCUACAACGCCUACAGGUUCUUCUUCACCUACCUGCUUCCCCACAGUGCCCCUCCUGCUCUGAGACCGCUGCUGGAUAAGAUUGUCAACUCAACUGGGGAGCUUGCCUGGGGCAUUGAUGAGACUCAGGUGCAUCUUGAGAAGGUGUUGCAUCUCUACAAAAAUGGACUUUACCUACAGAAUACCUCUCAGACACACACAUCUGAGUAUAAGCGGCUGGUGGACACGUCCAUCUCAGGGGACAACUACCGCUGCUGGCCGUCCUAUCAGCACGAUGGGUGCACACUGUCCGUCUUCUCGGUCCGUGAGGCCAUUGGGGUCUGUGAAAGCCACGCCCAGUGCCAGGCCUUCAUCUUGACCAAUCAGACCACAUGGACAGGUCACCAGCUCGUUCAGUUCAAAACGGGUUCCAGCCAUCUAAGCCCCAGCAAAGGCCGGCUCGCCUACGUGAGGACGGGCCGCUGAAAGGAGACGCAACAAGACGACAAAAGAAGAAGUAGAAGAAGAAGAAGGGAGAGGGACAGAUGAAACAGGAAGCCCCAGGAGGUGGUCAGAGACAGGUCCGUGUGGCUGACCAGAUCACACACCACUCCCCUCCGUAGGGAUGAGCUGGGAAAAACAGCCAGGUAGGCUGAGCCCAGUGGCUGUGAUGGCACAGUGGACCUCACUGCAGUGUCAGGACCAGAGGAGUGAGGAGCAGGCCAGUGUGGUCUAUGGCAUGCCUGAGGCCACCGCAGAGCAGCCACUGGCCAAUGCAGUUGACCGUGGGACAGGACACUUGUUUGGCUCCAUUAGGGUCACAGGUUCCCACCGGCCCACCCCGGUUACAGUCAUGUUGACUGUAUUUAUGUAUCUGUGUGUGCUGUCACUUCAAAGUAGUUGUUGUGAUUAUGACUUGAGGUUUAGUGUUUCUGUGUCUGUGUGUGCGUGUGCAUCUGUGUGUGUGUGUGUGUGUGUGUGUGUGUGUGUGUUGCUCAUGCAUUCCAAACUUCCUGAUUAAAAGAUGGGCAACAUAAAGAGGAUUCAGGCUACAGCUGUGUAGGAGGAAGCCACCAUCUCUCUCUCUCUCUCUCUCUCUCUCUCUCUCUCUCUCUCUCUCUUUAUAUCUGUUUUUAUUUUCGUCUCUUUUUCUUGAAUUUCUCAGGUCAUUUUGGUGCUAAAAGCAAAACAAAGCAAACGAUUCUAUGAAUCAGUUACGUCUCUCUGUUUAUUUUUCCUCUUUCUUUCUCUCUUUCUUUCUUUUUUCUUUCCUUCUAUGUUACCAUUCCUGCAUCCCUCCUCACCAAAGUUCCUGUGUUUCUAUCUGACCAGCAGCACUUUUGAAGAAGACAGAAGACAGGGUUCCAUUUGUGUUAUCAGUGCUUUAAAAAAAAACACUGCUUCAAAAGUUUUUAAAAUGUAUUUAUUGAAAUGGACAAUUUGUUAAAGAAUCUGAAGCAUCUAGAACUCCAAAGUUCAAAUGUAAAAGUGAAUAUUUGAAAGAAUGUGUGGAAUAGGGUGGGCUACAGAAUGUGUUUCUUAAGUUUAUUUUUGGUUAAAUUGGUUGUAAAAUUGGUUGUCCGUUGACUAAAGUUGAGAAGUUUAAGGCUUCUGAUGUGCACCAUCAUACAGGUAUACCUCAAGCCUUCUGAGUAAUUAAUGUAAAUGAAGUCUUUUUUUUUGUUAAGGAAAAAAAUAUAUUGAAAUGACAGGGUAUUCACAGACUGAGCCAAGAAUCACCUUCAACAGCGUAUGUUUUUGUGAGGGGAUAUAAAUGAUUUCUUAAAUUCAAUCAUUGUGCCCAGUAGGGUCAUGUUAGUGUGUUUAGCAUGGAGGUCAGGUUUUCAUGUGCCUGAAAAUGUACCUGAUUUAUAUAGGAGAACUAAUAACCCAUUAAAAUUGGAGCUACAGAUAAAGAUAAAAACUAAUAGGAAAAUAAAUCAGCUUCAGAAUGAUAUUCAUCAAGCUUGAAAUUAAUUUGGAAACUAAGUCACCUGAUUGAAACUCCCCACUAUAAGAUAACCAGUAAUGUACAGAAUCCUACACAUUAUGAGGGGCAGUGUGAAACAGGAAGAACCUCAGUUUAAUUCAAGAAUGCUCGCUGGUUAGAUUCAGUGAAUGUUCCACAUGAUCACCUGUCUGAGAGGGCUGACUCCCACUGCCUGAUGGGUAAUAAUGAUUAGCCAGGAAGUCACUUGGUUCAGUGACUCUCCCUGUUUCCCAAGGAAAUGUCACCGCUUUCAGUGAAAGCAAAAGAAAGAAGAGAAUGAACAAUUGAAUGAUGGAGGGGAAAACUAAAUUACAAGAUUAAAAAAGACAUGAUUCAAAAACAUUGCUUCCUAUCUUGAAUGUGAACAUGUUGUAUAUAAUCUUGAUCAUGAGAUUGAUAUUUUUUUAUAUUGAAAUAAAAAUCAAUGUGUCA